AUGAGCUCCUCCUCCUCCACUGUCUCGAACCCGUUCGCCGGUCCCGAUGUCACCCUCGUCCACAACCUCAACAUCCAUGAGCGUGUCCCGGUGAAGCUUGAUCAAAACACCGCGUCCUACUUCGCUUGGAAGCGGUAUUUUUCGCUCGUGUUCCGUGAGUACCUCCUGCACGGCCACAUGGACGGCACUGUGGACUCGGCGCUCAUGAUCAACGACGAGGAGUGGAUGAUCCUCGACGCCACCAUCAUCCGCUGGUUCUUCCUCACCAUCUCCAGCGACCUCUUCCACACCGUGGUGGAUGACGACGACGACGCCUACGCGGUCUGGACCAAGCUCAACGGCCUCUUCACCGACAACCGGCUGCAGCGCAAGGUCCUUCUCCACGGUGAGUUUUAUGGGUGCCAGCAACUUGACUCGUCCAUCAAUGAUUUUUGCAUGCGCCUCAAGAAGCUUGCCGAUGAGCUCCGUGAUCUCGGCGAGACGAUCGGCGACGAGCUCCUCAUCAGCACCCUCACCGCCGGCCUCAACGAGGAUUUUGGGAACGCCGCCUCCAACCUCACCCUCAUCCCGGAGCCUACCUUCGCUAAGGUGGUCGCGUACCUCAAGUUGGAGGAGCGCCGGAUGCGGAUGGCGUGGACUCGCGCGACCCACACCGCCCUUGUCGUCGGCACCCGCGGGGGUCAAGCCCCGCCACCACCGCGCCCGACGCCGCCCCAGCCGGCGGUGCCCGCCCCGGCCGCUCCCUUCCCGCCGCCCCAGCCGGCGGCUAAUGGAGGGGGUCGUCGCGGCGGCCGCAAGCAGGGGGGUGCAGGCGCUAAGGGAGGAGCACCCCGCCCGCCACAGCCGGCCUACCAGCCGGCCCCGUGGUACGCCGGUCAGAACCCAUGGACCGGCGUUGUGCACGCUUACUCCAUGCCGGUUCCCCGUGCUCCUGCCCCGGGUAUUCUCGGCGCCCAGCCACCGUCGCACCAGGCAUUCUACGCCGCGCUGCAGCCCUAUGCGACGCCCUACGGGCAGCAGCCACAGCCAGGCGGGCUGCCGCUGCUGCCCCUGAUGGCCCCGCCGCAGCCUCUCUCACCGGCGCCGUGGGACCCGGCCCUUCUGGCGGCUCUUCACACCGCUCCUUCCCCGUCCAGCUACACCGGCGGCGGCGACUGGUACAUGGACACCGGGGCCACCGCUCACAUGGCGGCCUAUCCCGGACGCUCGCACGCGGAUGGUGCUCCACCGAUGUGA